AUGUUGUUGGACAGGUAACGCGUCCUUUUGUUGUACGGUAUGGAACACUUGUGAAAGGAGAAUCCGCCUGUGCUGAAGCCACCUAUACUAGUUACCGAGGUCUCAAGAUUACCGCAAAAGGAAAGGCAUCGCAUGGCUUUGCAAGUCAUUCACACGACGUGUAAAUUCAAACAGGGAACGACGGAUGUGUGUUGAAUGCAGACGUAUAACCACUGUGCUGUUAGACAGAGAAAUGUGUUUUGGUGCACCCGAGUACGACACAUCUACCUAUACCUGUGGGAAGGUUUGCAUUUUACCAGCCUCUUGGAUGGGGCCAAAUAUCGCGAUGCAGUCGUUUUGUAUCGUACUCAAUGUUCCUUUUUAUUUUUUAUUUCUCACGGAAAGGGAUUUCCGUCUGGAUUGUCUCCAUGAAAUCUGUUUUCUUACCUGCACGUUCCGUUCAGACGUUUUUUCCGUCCUUAGCACAGCAGUGUAUCUAGCAAAUUGUCGUUCAUCUUUGGUCGAAAACGGAAGCGUUUUUGUUGCACCUAACGGCUUUUGGAAUUUACUGCUGUAAAUGACUGGACGUAGGACGAGGAUGCUCUCGGGGGAGAAGUUACCUAUGUGCGUCACUGAACCACCGAUAUUCACGCGUGAGCAGCUCAUCCUGCUGACGCGUCAGUUGUCGGUUUAUCAGAGUCUGCAGCAGACUGGUCUGUCAGAGGACAGCAUCUUUCACAUCAUGCCCUACAUGCAGCAACAUAUAACAACAAACAUCGAUAUUGACGAACUCCAUCAAAAUGGGAAAGAGUCAAAGGAGAAAAAAGCCGAGAAGGUAGAUGGUGAGGUCAUUCCCUGCGUAAAGACAUCUCUGGAGCAAAUCACAGAUGAGAAGUUAAUGACAGAUGUGGACGAGUUAAUGCGGAAAAUCGGUACAGCUAUGACGGAGUUAAAUGCCGAAAUCAAGAUUUUUCUCCGUAUUCAUAACAUUAGUCAAGAUACCGUGUCAAAACAAAUCGGCACCAGCCAGAGUGUGGUGUCAGCGUUUCUUACACAUGGUCGAGGGCUGAAACCGGUCAAUAAAAGAGCUCUCUAUACCUGGUACCUGAGGCAGAAGAGGAAUGUGUCAGGGGUAUCAGAUACCAAUUGCAGUCAGCAAAGUACCAUGAAGAGGACAUUCGAUUUGACAAAUGAUAGCCCUGCUCAAUGCCUUGACCACAAGCAGCGCAGGGUCAGGGUAAAGUGGCCAUCAGCAGCUACAAUGAUACUGGAGAGGUUCUUCCAAAUGGAUAAAAACCCCACCGAGAACCAGAGAGAGGAGAUUGCACGUGUCUGUAAUGACGAGUUACAAAAAGCAGGUGAAGAGUACCCUCAUGACCAGCUGAUGACAUCGGCUCAAGUCCAGACAUGGUUCAUGGAUAGGUGGUUUCAGGAUAUAACAAAACACCAACGAAGUUAGCUUUGCGGAAAUAGGUUUCUCAAAGAUAUCAAAAAAUCGUACACUACCAGAUUUAACUAAUCUCGACUGGAAUACCUGGGGCCGGGGGGGGGGGGGUGACUUUUGUCCCUUCGUAAUUUCAAAACGGCUUGGGUUACAAUGAUAAAAAUUUGGAAGGGGCAAUGUACUAGCAAAGCUUUAUGUUUUCUGUAAUGUUGGUAGCGUUCUGACGUAAUAUGACGUAGUAAUACGUGAUUAUGACGUCAUAGUAUCAUAUGUUUGACUUAAACCGUCUAUAUAUAGAAUUUCCGCUUUACGCUACCUAAUUAGUAUGUAGGUCUGCCAAGUCUUUUGUUGCCAAUGUCGACGACACUGAGGCAUAUAUAACGUCAUAAAAUUACGUCAUUUUUUUUCUUGGAAUUGAUGCCAACAAAAUUUAAGGAAAAGUCACCAAGUUUCGCAGUUCUAGCACACGUCGUUCGACAGUCAUACGACGUCAAAGUUGGUGCUGGAACUUUACCCCCCCCCCCCCCCGCAACUAGAUAGGGUUAAUAAGUAAAUAACAGUCGUCCUAUCAUUUCGCCUCUUAUUUCAAUAAUGGGUUUUUAUCAGACAAUAAAGAUAUAAAAUGAAUUACUCGAUCGUAGACCUUGCAUUAUGAGUUGAGGUUCAGUUGCAAAAGGUAAACAAGGACUGAGAGUAAACCUAGGAGUAUGUUCAUUGCAUGGUCUUUAAUGUCGAGUUGUAUUAUUCAAACACAUGCUUUCAUUUUAAACCUUAAACCAACGUAUGGGGUCAAUACAGACGAAUAUAAAUGUAUGUCAUUGUGACAUUUCUAGUUGAAAACAAAAAUUCCUCGCAUAGUUUGUUUGUAUAUAUGUCUUAUAAGUUUGCAUACGUUUUACCGAGAAAGGCUCAUUGUUGAUUAAAUUAUCCUGGGAAGUUUAUCCAUUGUCCAGCGGAGUCAAAACUGACCAGGGGAAAAUGUGAUUUUUUUUUUCAAACAAAAUUUCGAGACCAACACCUUGACUACUUAUCGUAUGACUUUGUUUUCAGACAAUGAAGUACUUCCAAACAAAAUAUAGGUAACAACUGUUGUGUUAUUGUCAGGUCAUAUGACGAUAUUAUGAUCGAUGACGUCAUCAAAUUGAAAUAAACUAUGAAAAAUGAUGCAUGAAAUUUACGUUGAAUUUUAUAAUAUGUCAUAAAAAGUGUCUUUGCCUAGAAAACCCUAAAACUUUAUUGUUUAUACCUAGAUUGUUAUACCAAAGACGCCUGUUCGAAUUUCGUUGCCAUGGCAACAUGAAAAAAGGAUGAGCUUACUUUAUCUAAUUGCUAUCAACAUUUUCUGAUAAGAUACUAAGUUUUGUGGCCCUAGCCUCAGCCAUUCAGGAGCUCUGUGAUAUAAAACCUCCCCCGUCUUCACUUUAAAUUUGGUCCUUAUGCUCUUUUGCAUAAAUGGUGAUAAUGACCUGCCAUUAUUUACACCUAAUCAUGUCAAAACCUCCCACAUAGAUUGAUGAAAUUAUACAUAUAUACAUAUUACAAAAAGAUUCACAAAAUAUGUAUUUUUCCAAUCGUUAUGGAGUCAGUUUUGACCCCGUUUGGUAAAAUUAGUCGUAAAAAACUACGGUGGUUUGAGGGUUAAACAUUUUAAGAAUUUGUACUUUCUUGCUACCUGUCACUUUACUUCAGUUCCCCAAAACCCCCUUACGGUUUUUAUUUCACAACAUUCUAUAAUAUGCAUUUCUCCUUUAAAAAAAUAUUGUUUUCCCUUCGUUUAAAGAUUAGAUUAAACGAUUAGAUUGUGACUGAAGGGUAACCUCCGUCCACAAAGUAUUGUGAACGGUUUAUGCAAUGAGUGUUCCCUCAAAUAUCUCUAUUUUCCGUUUGCAACAUUCGUAUGUGGUUUGGCACGUCGUCUGUACUCAGUUGCGAAAUGAUGCACGUUCCUUUCUUUUCGCGUUUGAUAUUGUUAUAAUCGAUGUAAUAAUUUCAGACAUCACCCCUACGCCCUCCGGAAUAAUGGUCCAGGUCUUCAUUAUGAAGCCUGUGGUGAUUGAAUAUCGUCAAGCAGAUGUUGUCCUCGUCGACAGCUGUGCCAUCUCUCCCACCCGGGUUUGUUUGCGCCGGCGGGCAGAAGGGGAAUUUUCAUUGAGGGGGGUUAUAUGUACUUGCAUUAAAUAAAAAAAUAAUUGGUCUAGAGUAUAUUUUCUAUUUUUGGACUCGGAGGAGCGUGAGCUACAUGUUGGUUGUGUGGUGUUUUGGUGGGUUCGUGAUUGCUACUUGCCUCGCUUACAGUGAGUAACAUAGUAACAGAGGUCUUUUGAUCACAUUUACAUGUAAUACUCAUGAGUAUUCUUUUUGCGGGGAUCCAUUCUUUUGAACAUUUGAUUUUUUGUGAAUGCAAAAAAUUAGCAUAUAUAUGUAUUUGUACAUGGUGAUGUAUAACUUUAACUCAUAUAUAUUUAUCAUUGUAGACUGAGGAAUUUUUUAAAAUAUACGUUUUUUGUUAAAGAAAACCUAUAUGAUUUUAAUUAUUGUUAUUUUUAAUGCGUCACCUGUUCCCUACUCUAUGUACUGGGUGUAUUAAAGUUUUUACAGAAACACGGGAA